CUAACGUCGUGCUGGCGUUUUCUCUCAGGUCAAUAUUGGUUGUGUUUGAGUCGCGCUCGAUUCUGAGACGUUUGACACGGAGUAAUACAAUGCUUCAUUGCAACGCAAUAUCUCUAGACGUGGCUUCAUGAGAACUCGCUGGUAUCAAGUUCGCGUCGAAAUUUCGUAGAGACGAUCCGCUUUCCCGACAAUCUCCAAAUGAUUGACGCCACGAGUGUCUCGCCGUGGCUAUCUCUUAUCUUAAUGGUAGCUUUGUGGAUCUAUGACUUCAUGAACUUGCACCUGGACCUACGCACUCUCGAGCAGACCUACCACGAAAACCCUUUUGGUGGAAUCUUGGAGUCUGAUUGGGCUGUCCUAUUCUAUCCCCAAUUCUCCUCUUCCUUCAGCGCAUCGUCCUUGAUGACGUUACUUCUGCUUGAGAGGCAACACCCUCGUGGACAGAUAUCCUAUAGCGGCAUCUUCAAUGACCUCACAAACGGGUUUAUGAUCUUCAUUCGGCCACAAAUCGCUGAUGGUGGUGUAUCUAGCACGACGCCCUCAUACGAACUCUCUCCCACUAAAGUGGGUCUUGAGGAUGUUACCCUACAGAGACAGCUGUAA